UUUGUUGCUUUCUUUCUUUCCUAUUGCAAUUCAUAUUGAUUUGUUGACAGUCUUUUUGACGACUGCAGAUGAAGCUAAGUAUUCAUGAAUGUUGCUUGCAGAUGGCAGAGCCAAAGAAGGCAACUUCUUCAGCUGCAGACCCGAAAUCAAAGGAGAAAAUAUCACUGCUAGAUGAGGAUAUUGGUAAAGAUUUCCUUAGCUCCUGGAAAAUGAAAGAUGAUGAUAUGGAUUUUAACUUUGAGACCACCACUAAGGGAAAGAAAAAGGCGUUCGACUUUGGCAAACUGGAUAUGGAUUUUAAUUUGGAUGAUGAUUUUGAGAAGUUAUCAUCAUUCAAAAUGAAAAUGCCUGAUCUUGACUUUUCAACACCUGUAAAAAAGGAUGCAAAAGCAAAGGAAAAAUCUAAAGAGGAAACUAACAGUGGGAAGCAAGAAGAGAAAAAAGAUCGCUCAACCUUCUCUUUUAAUUUUAAUGAGUUGGAUGAUUUUGAUUUUGAUUUAACGCUAAAUAAAGGAUAUAAGACUUGUAAGAAAAAUCAGGAAAGCGAAGCAGUUGCUUCUGAGAGUGCUAAUGUUUCUAAAAUUGACGAGGUACUUGAGGAUGAUUGCAUAACUGCAAGAUACCCAGAAUCAAUGGAUGCAGAAAAUUCAAAGGCCGAGACAUCCAAGGGUCAGGCCGAGGCUUGUGAUUCCAUAGAUAAACCUUGUCCCUUAAAAGAAGUUCCUGCACAGGGACCUGAUCCUGAAAAUUUGGUUACAGCACAAGGGUCAAUAACUUCUCCAGAGAAAUCAGUGGAUACCAAUGCCAAAGAAACAAGUAAAUCAUGUCCUUCACCAGACAGGGAGGUUGCAUCUGAACUCUAUGAUGAGCAGCCCUUACAAAGUUCACUCAUGGAUUCUCGCAGUGGGAACAAUUCAAUCCCAGAAACUAUUUCCGUCAUGCAGGCAGAAGUUUGUUCUCAGGGAAGAAGAAUAGAAAUCAGUUCAGCUUCAGAUAAAAAUGUAAGUGACAAAGUGAUAACUAAUGAGGAGUCCAUUCAUGAAAAUUUGCACCAGAAGAACUCGUUUCCGCUAUCAGAGAGUGAUAGAGAUGAAAGAAAAGGGGAAGGUGGAAAUAUCCUAGCAGAAAUAGAUGAAAAUCUAUUAGUGCAAGAUGAAAUAGUUGUAAAGGAAAGUUACACUGCAAGCCUACCAACAGAAAAUUUCGACAAUAUUGCAUCCAAGAAUGAUUUCCAGACUCCAGCUCCCAUACUUCCUUCUGUUUCACUGGACAGUGAACCAACAGCCACUGAAUUUUCUGCAAGAAAAGAUAAAAAAACUGGGGCUAUUCACUCAAGGUAUUUCAGAAGACCAGAGGAAAACAAAUUGCAAUUGCAUCAGCCAUCAGAAACCGGAAAAGUGGUUUCCUCAGUUAGCAUGAAAAAAAUUGGUUACAAGCAUUUGAACCCCACAUAUGAGAAAAGGGAGGAUUUUGAUGCUAGUGAAGCACAGAGUGGAAGAAAACCGGUUGAUUUUUCAAAAUUAAGUUCACAAGAAUUGACAAAAGGGAGGUCUGCUUUGCUUCAAAGUGAAAAAAAUAUUGGAAGUUCUAGUGAUAUCAGGGCUGGUUUUGCUGCUGGUGUUACACAAAAUGAUGGCAACAAAUUAACCGGUAAAUCAAUUGUGCAAGAUAAAGCAGCAGGAAAAGGAGAUCCUGUUCUUUUAAGAAGUGAAAAGAAUGCUACUUUGAACGCUAAUUCUUCUAGCCAUGCCGAGAAGACAAUUGAAUCGAGUGUCCAUACAUCUGUGAAUCCCAAAGUUCAAGUUCCAAAACUAGACUCCGUUCAGAGCUCAAAGUUCCAUUAUGAAGCACAUAAAAUUACCAAGAAAGCACCUGCUCUCUCUAGCUUUAAAAGCACAUGGAGUGUAGGAUCAAAGAUAGAUCAUCUGAGCUCUCCGAAGGAAACCAAUUCAUUGAGAAACUCAGAGCAAAAGAAGGAUACUCGAGGAAAUACAUCGAAGAUUACCCUUCCUGUUGCAGUUUCCGAGAAACAAAUACCAAAGCUUACAUCCUUGAAGCGGAAAACAUUUCAGGAAUCAACUGGAGACACAAUGUUGUUGAAACCCCUCAAAAGGAUUUCACAAUCAAUAACUGAAAGCAGGAAUCUUACCGAAUCUUGUGAAAGAGAUGCUAAUAAAGAGGUUCAAACUCACAAGAAUCACAUGGAGGUUACAAAAGAGAAUGUUCUUUGUGAUCAUUUGGCCUCCGGAUCUGAAGUUCCUCGGGAGGUGAAUAUUACAGAACUGGAAUUUUCUUCGGUCAUGGAACAUGAUGGAAACGUGGAAAAGGCUGAAGCUUAUGGAAAGGAGCUUGAUGAUAUAUGCAACAUGCUGAAAAAGAAACAGGAGGAAGCCAAAGAACUAAUGGUUCGGGCUGUUGUGAACAACAACAAUCUAUUGAUGCUUAACCAUCCCAUCCAUAAAGAGAAGAUUAAUAUGGCUCAGAAAUUCGCUGAGCUACUAGUUUCCAAGGAAAUGCCAACUUGAUCGCAGGCAUGGACGGCACUUAUAUGCCCAUAUGAGGUAUCUCUCUCAUCUCAAACUCAUACAUAGAGAGACACAUGGUAGCUUAAACUUCUUCCUUGUUUUAGUUGAAAAAUUCAAGCACCAUGCUAAUCUUGGAAACAGAAUGCAUGUUUUUCUUCUCUUGAAAGUUUUUUUUUCGCAGUUCAGAACAUGGUUAGAAACUCUGGAUUCAUCUCAUUGCUUAGAUCUACUUGGUUCCUCUGACUCGUUGAAGUUGUGUGCUUGAACUAAAUCUUUACAAUGCAAUUAGUUGUUGGUACUGAACAAUGAUUAAUCUAGAACUUUAAUAAACCAUGAUCUCAUCUUUUGAUUGAUUGUUAUACUUUAAAAAAGUAUGAUUGUAAG